AUGAAGAAUUCACUGCACUUGUGCACUAUUUUGCCAGGGCUAUUGCUGUUUGUAUUCAGCGUUGUUUCCGAAAGUACAUUUACCAGCUUCCGCCUGCCAAACCAUACCGUUCCAACGCACUACACCUUGCGGUUGGAUACUAAUUUUCAUCGAAACACCUUCGAGUACACUGGAAACGUGCAGAUUUCAAUUAACGUAGUCGAACCGACCAAUCAGAUAGUGCUACACAGUGUCCGUAAUGUGAUAUCGAGACUUCAACUUCGCAAUUGUGAAGGGAUCGCGGAAAAAAUUAUAAAUUACAAGCUUGAUGCCGAGAAAGAGUUUUUAGUGAUAACCGUGGUAAAAAUGCUUACACCGAACAGCGGAUUACAUACUCUUGAGAUUGAUUUCACUAACAACAUUGAUCGUGACGAUCGUGCAGGAUUUUAUAAAUCGUCCUACGAGAACGAUCAAGGUGUGACACGAUACCUUGGUCUAACAGACUUUGAAGCAUGUGAUGCAAGAUCUUCGUUUCCAUGCUAUGACGAACCGGGAAUAAAAACUACGUACGAUAUUUUGAUCAGCUGUGAUCCAGACUAUCAUGUUCUUUCUAAUGCGCCAGUUCGUCGCGUAAAGGUUUUAUGCGAUGGGAGAAAGCUGUUCACAUUCUCCAGAACGCCGCGAAUGCAAUCUUAUCUGGUAGCCUGGCUUGUGUCAGAUUUUGUUUCGGAGCGAGAUGUUUUAACUCAACCACAGUUAACAAUUAGCUCGUGGGCGUCCCCUACAUCAGCUAAACAGUUAUCGUAUUCUGUCGAUAACUCCAAACGAUUGAUUCGAGUCAUGGAAGAGUAUUUUGGAGUGCGUUAUAGCAUGCAAAAAAUUGACAGCGUGGCUAUCAAAUCAUCUGAUUUCACUGCCGGAGCAAUGGAGAACUGGGGGUUGAUUAUGUACAGGGAAAGUGCGUUUUUGUUCGACUCGGAAACACAGAACCAGCGACAGCAAUUGCGAGUGGCCAAUAUUAUCGCUCAUGAGCUAACACACCAGUUCUUCGGUAAUAUGCUGGCCCCAAAAUGGUGGAGCUAUCUUUGGCUAAAUGAAGGAUUUGCAACCUUUUUUUCGUACUAUUUAGGGGAUGUCAAAAGUUCCGAGAUGCCUCUUCGUCGACAACUGAUUACUAAUGUACUGCAAGCAGCGAUCAGUGGGGACGGUUCAGCAAAUGUGCGUCCUAUGACGUACUACGCGGAAACUCCACAGGACAUUGCUAAAUUAUUUGAUGAUGUUGCAUACAAAAAGUCUGCCAGCGUUAUUCGUAUGAUGCAAUAUGUGCUGGGCGAAAGUACAUUUCGGAAGGGUCUACAUUACUAUCUCAAAGAAAACAAAGAUAAUGGCGUUGUGGAAGAAUCGAAUCUAUACGAUAGCCUUGAAAAAGCUGCUAAGCAAGAUGGUGUCCUGCCAAAAGGCUUGUCGAUGAACGAAAUUUUCGAAUCCUGGUCCCAUCAAGCAGGAGUUCCAUUAGUAACCAUACAUCGUGAAGGCAACGAAUACGUUUUCACUCAACAGCGCUUCUUCCAUGAGCUUCAGAAAGAACCAUCGCACGCUUCCUGGUGGAUACCGAUUUCAUUCGCUACUACAAACAACACAAAGUAUGAGAUAUUACCGGCGUUUUGGAUGCAUCCAAAUACAUCAAACACGUCUUAUACAAUCCCUGCCUCUGCAGACGAAAUUGUAUUGUUUAAUCCUCACGCAGCUGGCUAUUAUCGUAUUGAAUAUCCGGAAAAUAUGAUGCGAAGUUUGGUUAAGCAGCUGGAGACAAAUACGACUGCUAUUGAACCUGCUGCACGUGCUCGCCUGAUCGAUGAUUCAUUAGCUAUAGCGCAUUCCAAAGGAGGCGAUUAUAAAAUGGUGUUCCAGUUGAUGUCGUACUUGCGCCGAGAAGUUGAUUACGAGCCCUGGAUGGUGGCACAUACACAUAUUCGUUACCUGCAAGCUAUGCUUCGUUCUGAUGAAAAUGCCACACAGCUAUUGAAUUCAUUCGUUGUAAAAAUAGCUUCCCCUUUGCUCAAGCAUUACGGAUAUCAGCAGCGAUCGAGAGAGUUUGUUUUGGCUGAGGAACUACGUACUAUUGCGAUUGAAUUGGCAUGCAGUGCCAACAAAGCAUGUUUGACGGUUGCCCAACUUUCCGUAAGAAAUUUUCUUUAUAGUAAACGAUCCCAUCCCGCUAUGAUAAACUCUGGUUUGGUGUACAUCGGACUGAAGCAGAGUGACGCCGAUCUACGACAAGCGUAUGUGGAAAAAGUGUUCAUCAACAACAACACGAACGCAGAUCCUUUCAUCAAGCAAUAUGUAACCAAAUCCUUUGGUUGCAUGGGAAAGAAUGCUACACUUUUGCGAUCGUAUGCCAAGCAUAUAUUUGAGCUUAAUGAUCUCGAUCGCCAAAAGGCAUUGCAUCGUUUGAUUGUAGCAUCCAAGGUGUCACUCAAUGAUGUCUUAACAACGCUUGAAUCGGAGCUUUCAGUACAUCACAGAAACACGAUUCAUGACACCGCUAUUCGAAAAAUUCUACUUGACUUGGCUCGAUUUGUCAUUGAUCCGGAGGAGGCGAAACUAUUGAUGUCUACUGUUUCUACUUAUGCCUCAUCAAGUGCAUCGGACAUCGAGGAGCAACUAAUGGUCAACCGCAAAUGGAUAUGUCGAAAUUUGAUUCCUUUAACAGAUGCGCUGCGUCAGUUUGCGGAUUCCUAA